CAUCGGACACAGUGCCACGUAAGCAGUGCCACAUCAGAAGUGCCACGUCAGCAACAUGACGGGCCUGCUAGGCCAACUGGCCAAUGAGCCCAUUGCGGAGUACAAAAAGCGCUUCCAGGCUCAGCUCGCUGUAAUCGAGGCUGAGGAACAACGCCAGCUGGCAGCCAAGGCUGCCCAGCUACAGGCUGACGAAGCGGCAGCAGCAGAGAAGCUCCGGCUACAGGCCGAAGCAGACGCAGAUGCCCAGGCUCGCCGCAAGGAAGCCCAGGAUGUGCUCCAGCGCCAUGAAGCCAGCAGCAUCGACAGACUCAAGUUCUGGCACUUUGAACCGAAUGGCGACGAGGAAACACCGGAAGAGCAGCAUAAGGAGUUCUUGGCCAAGCUAGUGACCAAGUUGGUUUACACGUGUAACCACCUACAGUCCGAGCUGCCGAACCUCCAGCGGGCCGUGCGGAACCAUAAGACUCAGCAUGAGGAUGCCACACGGGCACUGGACGCCCGUGUACAAGACUUGGAACAACUUCCACCAAGACCAGAUGCUGGGGCUUCAAACAAUGCAUCCUCUAGCCGCCAACUGGAGGAACGCGUUGACCACGUGGUGGCAAUGCUCGGCAACAUCAGCACCUUCACUGCGUCGACCACCAUCAGCAGUCAGCUGCAUACCUUGAAGACUGAGUUCCAGCAGCUGCAGUCGACGAACGCAGAUGGCAAUCCGAAGUUGUACAAAAUGCCAACUUUCCAACUGGACAGGUUCGACGACUACACGCAGCAGGAUCCGGUCCUCUGGUGGGAAGCAUUCACAACGCAACUCAGGAUUCUGCCCGUCGCCAAGCACGCGUACAUCGGCGCCCUGUUCAUGAACUCAAAGGGCGGAUGCCAGACCUGGUUCACCCACCUGGCAACCUCCCACGGCGUCGACGUACCGGACUUGAAGGACAAAAUCACAUGGGAGGAACUGACACGGCUAUGGAAGAAGCGGUUCAUCGUCGACGACGCGCCAACACUCGCCAUCAACCGUCUGUUCACCAUGUCACAGGGCAACACUGCAACACGGGAUUGGCUCACGGAGUGGCAGAAGAUUGCGGCAGUGCCCAAUCUGGACUUGCCAUUCAUGCAUUUACGUCGUGAGUUCUACAACAGGUCCUGUGCUGCAUUGAGCCAGGCUCUUGGUGAUCGCGAGCAGUACUCAACCUUCGCUGAGAUCAUUGACAAGGCGAGGGAAAUCAUCAAGACCAACAGGUCAGCUGCGCACGAGAAGUCAACAUGGCAGCCGACCUAUGUGGUGAAGGUACGAACUGGUCUGCGACAGCAGCACUUCGCUGCAGUCCAGUCGAUCAGUGGAGAUAACCCAGCAGCCACUCCAGCAUCAAGUGACGGAGAUCAGGUGGCUGUUGUCCAGCCGCGAAGCAACAACAAGUCCCGCAAUAAUGGGAAGGCAAAAUCCGCAUCGCAGGCCGGAAAUGGACAGCGAGUACAAGUUCCAUGGGUCAAGGUCGGCUUGACCGAGGCGGAGUAUAAUGUCCGCGGCCGCUACGACAUCUGCUAUUGGUGCAACAGCACCAAGCACAAGACCUCCCUGUGCCAGGAUCAGGGCAAGGAUACCAGCUCCGUUGAUGGACGCCGGAGCAGAGGUUGUCGACCUUCACGCUUACAUCGCGAAGAUCGACGCGAGUUCAAGAUGCAACGGUACAAUGACAUCGACGCACCAUUGCUAUACCUACGCAUUCAGAUUGGAGAGGCGACCUGCAGUGCCUUGAUCGAUUGCGGAGCAUGUCGCAACUACAUCAGCCAGGACUUCAUGGUGCGCGCCGGCCUUGGCCCACGCGUCCGGAGGAAGUCCCAGCCUACGCAAGUCACGUUGGCGGACGGUCAUACGCACAAGUCCAUCGACCGAUGCAUUGACGCCGUCCCAGUGUACUUUGCCCCUCACGCAAGUGAGGCGGUGUCCUUUGACAUUCUGGACACCAAAUUCGACAUGAUCUUGGGCAUGUCAUGGCUGCGAAGCGAGGAUCACCCGGUGAACUUCUUUCACCGCACCGUUCACAUCCGUGAUCGGAACGGAGUACUAGUUCCAUGCACGGUGCCUCUUCCUCAUCCUUCGAUCAGCUGCCACAUGGUAUCCGUCACAAGCAUGCGAGCUUCCAUCAUCAGAGACGACGUCGAGGAGAUGGGGGUGUGUUUUCUCCACGCCCUUCCGCCCCAUGACGCUUCAUCGACGGACUCACCUUCGGAUCCACGCAUCACCGAACUUCUCGACGCCUACAGCGACGUAUUCGAAGGCCCGCACGGAGUAGUACCGGAUCGACCCAUCCGCCACGAGAUCAUCCUCGAGGACGGGGCCACGAUCAGAAACGCCGGCCCUCUCCCAAGUAUCGACGAUCUUCUCGAGCGACUGGGCGGCGCCAAGUUCUUCUCCAAGCUCGAUCUCAAGUCAGGAUAUCACCAACUCGAGAUUCUCAAGGAGGACCGUUACAAGACUGCGUUUAAGACGCGAUAUGGGCAUUUCGAAUGGCUGGUUAUGCCAUUUGGCCUUACGAAUGCCCCGACCACUUUCCAAGCGUCUAUGACAACGGAGUUCCGACACAUGCUGGAUCGAUACGUACUUAUCUACCUCGACGACAUCCUGGUGUACAGUACAGCCGGAGUUUGGAGGAGCAUGUGGAACACUUGCGCAGCGUUUUGGAGCGGCUACGACAAGCCAAGUACAAGGCCAACCGCGACAAUGCCUCCCAUCAACUCGCUUGAUGAUGCAAGGAAGAAGGAGCUUCUCGCAUUCGUCAUGGCUCUCAAGCGAUGGCGGCACUUCCUCCUUGGGCGUCGUAGGUUCACAUGGGUUACGGACAACAAUCCAUCGCAGCACUUCAUCGACCAGUUUGACUUCACACCGAAACAUCUUCCCGGCCUCUCAAAUCGCGCAGCAGAUGCACUCUCGCGAAGACUUGAUCUUUGCGCUAUGACACAUCAUGCCUUCGCAUUCGACGAGGAGCUUCAGCGACACUUCAUCCGGGCAUAUGAGUCUGAUCCGGACUUCGCUACGCUGUAUGCACAGCUAUCUUCGAAUCACCCACCGGCCAGCCACUAUCGCAUUGCCGACGGGUACUUGCUCCGCCACUCGAGAGGCAAGGACUUACUAUGUGUCCCACGCGACCGCCGUCUUCGGACUCGCCUCCUCGGCGAGUAUCAUGAUUCGCGACUCGUCGGCCAUUUCGGAGUCAACCGCACUAUUGCACGGCUUCGACAACGAUUCCGAUGGCCCGAUCUCAUUACCGACGUCACUCGGUAUUGCGAAUCUUGCGAAGUUUGCCGACGCAGCAAGCCCCGCAACCGCAAUCCCUACGGCGAGUUACGCCUGAUACCUAUCCCACGGGAAGCUGGUCUCUCCAUUGCCAUGGACGUCACCGGUCCCUUUCCUCGCGACCGGCUCGGGCACGACGGCAUCCUCACGGUGGUGGACCGAUUGAGUGAGUUUGCGUGUUUUCUCCCUUGCAAGUACUACUCCACGGCUCCCGAGUUGGGACGCCUCUUGCACACUGGUUGGAUUUGUGGCCACGGUGUAGCAGAAGACAUAGUCAGCGACCGCGACACUCGUUUCAUGUCAGCAUUUUGGACUGCGCUCAUGCAGGAGUCCGGCACGACGAUGAAACCAAGUUCGGCUCGGCAUCCACAGACGGACGGGCAAACGGAGCGGGCACAUCAAACCUCUCAAAUGAUGCUUCGUACGCUCAUCCGUCCGGACCAGAAAGAUUGGGUUGACCGCCUCCCCAACAUCGAGUUCGCCUACAACACUUCGGUGCAUCCGGCGAUCAGCGUGACUCCAUUCGAGUUGCACCACGGUGGACGGAAGGGCCGGAUCUUCGCCGACCUUCUCCUCCCUCGACCAGCCAACAUUGACGCUGCCUGCUCUCCCGCUUCCGUCCGGAAGUACAGGGAAUUGCUGACUCAAGCCCGCGCAAACAUGCAAAAGGCUCAAGUCCGCAUGCAGCAGCAAGCCAACAGGCGUCGCGUACCAUGUCCCAUCCGCGCCGGUGAUCUGGUUUGGGUCUCCGCGGAAGAAUUUGCACUGGAACAGGAUGUUUCACGCAAACUGCUUCCCAAGUGGUUUGGACCUUGGUCUGUGACAGCAGCCGCGGGCGAUGAGCCCGAUGGCCCUUCAUUUAUGAUCAACAUUCCAAAGCAUCUGACGGUCCAUCUGGUCUUCCACGCCUCGAAGCUGGCAACAUACACGCCAGCCAAGAGCGACGACUUUCCGGGCCGACGAUCGCAGGACCCUCCUUCUAUGGAUGGUCAUCAGGAAGUUGACUGCGUCAUCACCGAUCGCAAGUACGGCAGCAAGCCGCGGCAGUACAAAGUCACAUUCAAAGCAUGCGAUCGCGACAACACUCGGUGGAUUUCAAACGCAGAUUUGAAAGCAUCCGCACCGCUGAUCUACGCGCAUUAUGAAAAGCGGAGGUUCGCUCAGGAAGCUUCACGACCAGCCCCUCCCACCCGGACUGUGGUCCCUCCCUCAGACAGACAGCUUCGCCCUCGCAGGUAAGCUAGGUUCUUCAAGGAGGGGGGAGUGUUGCAUACUGCGUAGCCACACAGGCCCUGCAGGGCCCGUCCCGGACAUUCAGCCUAAAAGC